CCAAACAAGCUAGCUCGAAGUAUGACGUAGAUGGAUCGCUGCGUGCAGUAUGCUAAAAGUGGAGAUGAGAUCAUAGCAGGACCAGUAACGUUAUCGCGAACGUUUUAGCGACUGAUUGUAAACAUAAAUAUAUCUUUAUUAUAUUCAGCAUAAGAAUUCUGAUAGUGAACAGUGGAAAAAAAAAACAAGUGAAGAUUGUGAAUCAAAAGUGCACCGUUGAAAAUGUUAACACUGAAUAUUAUUGCCUUUACAUUAUUUACACUAGAAUGUUAUCAUACCAUUGGCCAUCUAGCUGUCCUGUGUCGUAUUCGUCUGCUUCCAAGGCGAGAUCUUGUGCGAAUUAGAUAUUAUUUCCUCGUAGACGCCAUGACCGUAUUUGUUACAAACUUUCUGUACACGGGGAAACUAAAAUGGUUGGCCACCUUACAGAUAAUUCAACACUUGUAUUAUUUUUUUACCUGGGAUAAAUCUUUUCUGGCAAAAAAGAUUAUUGAUUGGAGUUCUCUAGACUGGUUUAGCAGCUAUAAGAAGGGAAAUUUGGAAUUAGAUUCUAUUUUGGGAACUGCUUUUGACAUUGCAGUACACACUAUCAAUGCUUUCAUUCUGGCGCAAUAUUUGUCAAUAACAGAGACCAUUGUUGCUGUAUUGAUAGCCCAGGGUGGUUCUUACUGUUUAUUGUUUAGUUCAAAAUUUGCUUGGAGUAAUCCUAACCACAUGCCGAAAUGGGUACACAAGAGAAUUAAUCCCAUUAACCCAAUAUCGGGUUAGGAGGUCAUGGUAAAUAAGUAAUUUAAAUAUUAUAAACAUUCCGGUGUGGUGGAGAUUUCUAGUUAUCGACACAUUAAAAGGGCAUUAGGUAAAAUCAGAUAAAGACCUGACAGUUCUAAUGAAAAGGGAAUAUGUUGAAAAUUUCAGUCAAAUUUAAAUCUAAUUAAUAUCUGAGCCAUUCGAUGGCAUUGAGAGGUGAUUAAUAAUUAUAUAACAUAUAAGGCCCAGAGAAGGGUCUUCAUUAGGCAGAUUUAGCUCUUGCAUAAUGCCCCUUUAAAUGAAAUUAAAUAAUCAAACAACGACGUCAUCUGUGAUAUAGCCAUAGGCCUAUUAAAAACUUGGUAGUUGAAUAUUAACCAUAAUUCACACGACACGUUGUGUUGUGGAUAAACAGCUCAGAUCAAACGUAUUUCUACCUGUGAUUUUAUCGAAAAUUCGAUCCAAAAAUAAAUCUCAAAAUAAUGUACAUAUGCUAAUGAAUUUGAUUGGUCAUUUAAAAAGAACUACUUUUUCUAAUUUUCAAAGAACAGUUCAUUUUUUUUAUCAAAAGUAACUUCUUUUUUUUUUAUUAAAAAUGAACUAUUUUUAUUUAAUUGACCUUGAUGGAAACACUGGGUCAAUAUAAAGGGCUUUGCAAUGGUUGAAUUGCUGUCAAAAAAUGAUGUGUUUAAUUAUGUUCUCCUGAUUUUGAUUGUUUCUGUGUGUUUGAAGUAUAUGUUUGUGAUAUGCGCUUAGAAACACUUCACGUGUAAUGAAGCGCUAUAUAAAUCGAACAAUAAUAAUGUAUCACUACGCCGUAAUGUAAUCAGGUUCAGUAAAAGUCAAAUCCUACAUUUAUUUGUGCAUGUAAGAAAGGAUUGGGUGAUAAAUAAAAUCUCCUUCUCGUCUUUUUGAUACCAAAAAAUAUCAACACUCGUUGUUGAUAUCAAAAAAAUACGCUUAGGAGAUUAUCUGUAUAUUGACAAUAUACUAAUAUCCAGUGAAAACACAUCACUGAUUUGACUGAAGGGAUGUCGAGGUGUAGGGAAGCUGAAAUGUGAUUUUUGGCAUGAUAGUAGGAUUGAUACAUGAAAAUAAACGUCAACCCAUACAUGCAACAUCGUCGCGUGAAAGAGUUAAGUCUCUGAAUAGAUUAUCCUUCUCCAUUCUCCUCCCAAUCGGUACAGUGUUUAUGUGUCACCUUGGCAUAUCAUUGCGUCUUUAACCGAUCUGAUUUUCAAUAUACAUGUAGCUAUUUGUCGAAUUCGGUAUCGAUCGGUUGUGCGUUUACACUAUCGUGAAACAGCAAUCGUCGUGAUCCGAUGUUGUUACAUUAAGAAUUGCAAGAUUAAAGUAUGCCUUUCAAACGAGAUUGACAAUCAUCAAUUAAUUUUAGUCGUGCGUUUCCAUUGCAUCUUGGUAUAUAUUUAAACAUUUACUGAAUCAUCCCGUUUCUCAGGUUGGGGACGCCAUAUUGCUGAUUGACCAUGAGAGAGCAAACUCUAUGUUUAUCUCACGGAUACCCGCAGAUGAAAUAUGGCGGGUUUCCGGCGAUGGGAAAUCGAGCUGACGUGGACAAAUAACCCUAUCGUGAAAACCAAAGAUAAUUGACUAGUUGCUAUUACCUACCUGUAUAUAAUAAUAGAUUAUUUUUCAAUGUUAUUUAUUCACUUUGCUUUGAUCUUUCAAUGCAAUAUUUUAAUGCAAUUUUAGUAUUAUUUGUUUUCGUUUGCCUUUUUACCUAUUAAAGAAUAGAAACUAGA